AUGUAUGGAAAAUCUGAAUUUUCUUGGAACAUAGAGCUUAGAACUUGCCAUGCACUUUGGGUUACAUUGCUAGGUGUGACCCAAAAAAUUACAACCAAACUAUGAAUAUAAAAGUAUAUUUAAUAUUUGCUUGUAUAUGCAAUAACUUUUUGAUGUUUUGAUCCAGUUUUCAAUGGUUACUUAUUCAUGUAAUAACCCACAAAACGAUAAAACACACCAGUAAGUGGAUGUUUUAUUCUACCUGACCCAAGGGAAAGUCAUUAAGUUACUAGAUUAUCUUUGGAAGAUAACAAUAACAACAACAACAACAGUUUCAACCACUUGUAAAGCCUACCAUCCAUUUCUUCUACAUACAUGUUUUCAAAAAAAAAGAAUACAUAUAAAACUGUAGUUUUUUUGUUCAUGCCAAACAAAAUUUCAAAUGACAGGUGGCACUUUAAAAAAUAUUUUUUCGAUACGUUUUGCGAUGUUUUGUCCUUUUCAUAUGACCUUAAAAGCAAUUAGCUUAUAAUUAGGCAACCUGUAGGUAUUUAACCCAAAACAGCGGGGAUGAUCAAAAAUGUUUUCUAAGAGAGCAGAAUUUCCUUUUUGUUAGAGAUAAGCAAAAAGGCGUUUUCGUUAGUGGGUAUAAAAGAGUCUCAAGUUCUUAUUUACCGGGUACUGAAUGAGUAAUUAGCUUGAAAAUGUUCUGAAAUUUAUUUCAGAAAUACUACAUACACAUAAUAAAGUACCAGAGGUUUAAUUAAAAUACAAUGUUUUAUCACUUACACUAAAGCAUAAUUUUCAAUGAAAUCUUUCCGUACUACUCAUAUAAGGAAACAUACGAGUUACUGUAUUGAUUUCUUAUUCUGGCAUCCUUUUUUCUUAUAAAACAUGUUUUGUUUAUCAGGCUGAAUUAGUUCUUAUCAUAUUUGCUUUAUUGUCCAACUUUCAGCCUGAUGUUCUUACUUAAUCCACUGUUUCUUAAAUGCGGGUGUUUCCUGUAUUACUAGGAUCUGCUUUUGUCGUUGACCCAACAUUUUCACGUUUCAAUCGUGUGCAUUCUUUCCAUCGGUAUCGACAGACCACUUGAAUACAAUCUUAAAUAAGAAAACUGUACCAUUAUCUUUGGAAUUUUUAAAGUGAUGCAAAGACACAUCGUACUUUUAAAAAAGAGAGCAAAUAGCCACGACAUAGCCCCUCUUUUAAAUGUCCACUCUGUUGGGACCAUGUUUAGUACCUGCAUUUUCCCUCACAAUUAAUUUAGAAGCGGCACAACAGUUUUAAGAGGCGAAUUUUAUGAGGACUAUCACGACACCUAAUUUGUACUUAUAAAAUGCGACCCAUCAAUGUUAAGUUUUUUUUCACAGAUUACUGGGAUGCUUUUCAAUACUUCGACAAGGACAACAGUGGAUUUAUUACAACCAAAGAGCUGGGGAACCUUAUGAGGUCACUCGGAGAGAACCCCACAGAAAAUGAGCUCCAGUCAAUCAUUAACGUAGUGGAUAUGGAUGGUAAGGUGUAAGCGCAUGCGUAAAGUUUCCUCUUAUAACAACACACCCAUCAGGAUUUCAAAGCGCGCCCGUGGUCAUGUGAAAAAUGACCCGAGGACACAAUGGGAGUGAAUUGUAAGGACUACAGUAGCUAUGUAUAUCAUUUGAUACAAUGUGGCAAAUAUUACACGCGUUAUGAUUGGUUGUUGCUCAUGCGUCUAUCAGAGUUCAUACACAUGGAUGACGUCACGGAAAUUGUGGUUCAGGUAUUGUGGAUUUUUAAGAUAGUUCUUAAUUUCUUCACUUAAUAUCUCAACAGAAAAUGGCUUGAUGGAUUUCCAAGAGUUCGUCCAACUCAUGUCGAAAAAGAACCAGUAUGGACUGGACGCAACCGAAGCGAAGCAAGCUUUUCGGAUUUUCGAUAGAGACGACCGCGGCUACGUGCUCACUUCAGAACUUCGGCAGGCUUUCAGAAGUUUGGAGGAAGACAUUCCCGAGAGCGAGCUUGAUGAAAUUUUAGAAGAUAAGUACCAAUCAGGGAACAGGAAAAUAUCAUUUGAAGGUACUGGAUUUUAUAGCAACAGACUGAACAAAAUAUGCUAUAGUCAAAGAAAGGCGUUUUAG